AACUUUGGCAACGAAGAAACAGCAUACUUCAUUGCCAACUAUAUUAAUAAAAUUGAGUAUUGUAAAUGUUUUGUGCGCUUCUAAAUAAAUAGUAAAAACAAUGAACGAACAUUGUUUAAGUAAAUGGAUCGUUUGCCGAAUUUGCUUGAAAACGUCGGAAACUGAGAUGAUUGCUAUAUUUGAUGCGGAGUCAGAUCUUGCUGAACAAAUAGCUGAUUAUGGCUCCAUCGCAAUGAAUGAAUUCCAACAUUGGUCAGAUCGAAUAUGUAAUAGAUGCCUUUUAUUGCUAAAAGCAGCAGAAAAGUUUCGAAAGCUUUGUCAACACUCAAUCAAACAAUGGCAAGAUUUACAUCAAUUUACUGAAGAGCGCAAUCUAAAAGAGCCUGUUGAUAAAACCGACGAAUUUGUAGAGAUUUUAAAUAAAAGCAGUUCUAGUAAACAUACGUCUGAAAACAAAAAAUGUGAAAAAUCUUUAGUACUGAUUGACGAGCCAAGCCAAGAAGUAGGUGAUGAGAAUAAUUUUGUGUUUGAAGUUAUAGAAGGCUUUACGGAGGAUUGUGAUGUAGCUGAUGAUAACAUAUUAGAUUCGAACGAGGCUGAGUUUGUGGAAAUCGAAGCUGAUCGAAUGGAUUUUUUGGAAGAUGCGAAUACAGAACAAUCUGAUGAACUGGUAUAUUACUCCAAUACACAAUACGAGGAAUUAAAAGAAGAAGAAACUCUUAGCUCCGAGGGUCAUAUUGAAAAACUCUUAUGUGGAGACUCGACACACAAAUUAAAAAAAUAUCAGCAAAAAGUUAGUGAAUCAGUCGAAUGUGAAUUUCAAGUGAAUACUAAAAUUGUGUCCUUAAAAGCUCCAGUAGCACGAGGCCGUAAAAAAAUUACUAAUGUAAUGAAAACUACGCCGAAAAAUAAAACUGAAAACGGCAAAAAUUCCUCCAGGAAUUGGCAAAAGAAGACAAAUAAUUUUAUAUGUAGUUAUUGUGGUAACGUUUAUAAUGAAAAGUCUAAAUUAACAUUACAUUUAAGGAUACACACCAAAGAGAAACCGCAUGAAUGCGAAAUUUGUCAUAAACGAUUUUCUCAAACGCCUCAAUUGGCUCGUCAUAUGAAUUCGCACACAGGUAACCGACCAUUUAAAUGCAAGUUUUGUAAAGCUAGUUUUGCAGAUCCAUCAACUUGUAUUAAACAUCAACGGAUUCAUACACAGGAGCGACCGUACAUUUGCGAAACCUGCGGCAAAGCAUUUUCUUAUUCGAACGUACUCAAAGUUCAUGUCAUGUCCCAUACAGGAGAGAAACCAUACAACUGUAAAUACUGUGGAAAAAAAUUUACUCAAUCACAUCACAGGAGAACCCAUGAGCGCACUCACACAUAAUAGAAGAAAUAUGUUAUAUAUAUACUUAAGAAAUUGUUUUAUCUCUGCCAAUUGGUCGGUGAUAAAAAAAUGUUAUUGUAUAUUUUUUGUAUUUUCAUACUCAACAACCCUGUAUAUGCGCUGCCAACUGUACCCGAAAUGUUUCGAAGAUUGACAUCUGCAGGCCUUGUGAGUCAAAGUGUGAAAAAGCAGACCAAGCAGACUGGCAUCGCGUCACAGCGUUCUCGUAUUGUAACAUUUUCUUAAAAACAAAAGAUAUAUUGGGUGCAUUGGCACAACCAAGGAUCCAAAUAGUAAACAUCAAAUUAUGAAAUCUAGUUUAAACGAAAAAUGGAUUGUAUGCAGGGUUUGUUUAAAGCAGCCCGAAGAAGUGAUGACGACUAUAUUUGAUAGGGAUGACGAAAAAGACAUGACGCAAAUGAUUUUGGAGUGUGGCGGAGUACCAAUUAAACGUUUUGAUCAUUAUCCGGAUAAAAUAUGUUGCAAAUGUAUAAAAUAUUUGCGUGUGGCAUAUAAGUUUCGUGUUACCUGCCAGAGGUCACAUAAACACCUUAGUAGAUUCAUAGCACCAGCUGUAGUAGAUACACAGGUUGAGGAAGAAGUAACGGAAUAUUUACCCAUUGAGGUGGAGGAAGUAGAAGCUCUGAAAGUUGAGCCUGAUCUUACUGAAAUUAAGCAGGAACUCUCGGAUCCGGAGGAAACUGAAGUUCUAGAUAUUUAUGAGCCAAUUGAGGAAGAUGCGGAGGUUUUUGAAGAGUUCGACACAAUUGAUCGGUCAGGCUCAGCUAUUUCCGACGGUGCCGAGUACUUAGAAGAUAUUAAUUAUGAAUUCCAAUAUUCGGAUGAAGAGUAUGUACCAAUGAAAGAAGAGGCACCUAAGCGAGGUAGAGGAAGACCGCCAAAGAAUUUAAAAAAAGGAGCAGGAGCAACAUCUAAACAAACAGUAAAUCGGGAUUUAGUUAAGAAAGAAAAGACCUCGCCGGCAAAGCGAGGACCCAAACCGAAAAAAGUCAAACCUACGUCAUAUAUUUGCGAUAUUUGUGGAAACAUUUAUCCAUCGCAAGGACGUCUUACUGAACAUAUAAAAUUGCAUAAGGGUAUCAAACCGCAUGAGUGCGAGAUUUGUGGACACUGCUUUGCACAGACACAGCAAUUAACGCGACAUAUGAAUACUCACACCGGAAAUCGCCCAUAUAAAUGCAGUUAUUGUCCAGCAGCUUUUGCUGACCUUUCCACUCGUAAUAAACAUCAUAGGAUACACACGAAUGAAAGGCCAUAUGUAUGCGAUGUUUGUGGAAAAUCCUUUACAUAUACAAACACUUUGAAAUUUCACAAGAUGAUACACACGGGAGAAAAACCACAUGUAUGUGAUAUUUGUGGUAAAGGCUUUCAACAAGCUUACAAACUGCGUAAUCACAAAAUGACACAUGAGCGAAAAGGCGUUGGAGUCAAAAUAGAACCGAUAGAAGUGGAAACAUUGGAAAGUUAUCACGAAGUAGUUACCGCUACCACGCAGAUCUUAGAAAUAUAAACUAACAACUUUUCUUUUCAUAAAAUAUUUCGGAUUUUUAUUACGUUUAUGCAAUAAAUGGAAAGUUAUAUUUAAACUAAAUACACACAAAUAAAA